GCUGUCAGUGUCGCUAGCGAGAACGUUAGCUCGGUUGGUUUAUUGUACCAAUCUGUCCGCCCGACUUUUGCGGCAAAGACUGAACCGAUUUUCUUUUAAAACGUUUAAAAGGUUAAAGAAGACACAAUGAUGUAGUCGUCCGCAGGUUGUUUUAAUUUCUCUCUUUCUGUUCAUUUAGUCCGUGUGUGUUCUGUUAUGUUUAAGGUUAAUUUCUUUAUUCAUCGCCGCACCCAUCGUAUUCAUCUUUUAUUUACGGCUAGCAAGCUAACGUCUGAUGGAAGCUAAUGUUGGCUUUUAGUCUGUCAGCUGGUGUUGCGAUAUUUGAAUGAUAAAAAACUAAAAGAAUAAGCGUUCGAGGUUGUUCUUUUUAUUAUAUAUAGGGUUGGUUUUUUUUUGUAAUGUUCCCAAUUUUGUAGUAGCAAUAGUAAUCCAGCUGACGUGCGGUAGUCAUCAUGACAGGUGAAAAGAUACGCACCAUGCGGAAGGAUCACAAUAAAGCGAACAAAAAUGAAGCGAUAGCGGAUGCCUACGACGAGACCUCCAACGGGACAGCCCCCAACGGUAAUAGUAACCGCUUUAAGUCUAACAAGGCUUUUCAGAAAUCUGUCAAAUCCUCGGCACUGCAACAGCAGCAGCAGCUCAAUGCCAACAACAUAAACGGCAACGCAUCCGUUGUGAACGAUGACAACAAAAACCCAAUAAUCCUGACCAGUGAGGAGCUAGAGUUUCCUGUUCACGAGUGUGUGUUCAAAGGGGAUGUCCGUCGACUCUCAUCUCUCAUCAGGACCAAUAGCAUCUCUCAGAAAGACGUGCAUGGAAACACACCUCUUCACCUUGCUGUGAUGUUGGGCCACAAAGAGUGUGCUCUUCUCCUCCUGGCUCACAAUGCCCCUGUUAAGAUAAAGAAUGCACAGGGAUGGAGUCCCCUUGCAGAAGCUAUCAGCUAUGGUGAUAGACAGAUGAUUACAGCAAUAUUAAGGAAGUUGAAGCAGCAGUCCAGAGAGAAUGUGGAAGAAAAGAGGCCAAAAUUACUGAAAGCUCUCAGGGAGCUUGGUGACUUUUAUCUCGAGGUUCACUGGGACUUUCAGAGCUGGGUACCUUUGCUGUCCAGAAUGCUGCCGUCUGAUGCUUGUAAAAUCUACAAGCAGGGUAUUAAUAUCAGACUUGACACCACCCUCAUAGACUUCAAUGACAUGAAGUGUCAGCGCGGAGAUCUGAGCUUCAUUUUUAACGGUGACGCCCCACCCUCCCAGUCCUUUGUGGUUUUGGACAAUGAAGCAAAAGUGUACCAAAGAAUACACCACGAGGAGUCAGAGAUGGAGACCGAGGAGGAAGUGGACAUUCUGAUGAGCAGCGACGUCUACUCUGCCACUCUGUCAACAAAGUCCAUCACUUUCUCUCGUAGUCAGAUAGGCUGGCUCUUCAGAGAGGAUAAAACGGAGAGGGUUGGAAACUUCCUGGCUGACUUCUACGCUGUCAACGGCCUGGUGCUGGAGUCGAGGAAACGGCGGGAGCAUUUAAGCGAAGAAGACAUCAUGAGAAAUAAAGCCAUCAUGGAGAGCCUGAGUAAAGGAGGCAGCAUCAGCGAGCAAAAUUUUGAGCCUGCGAGGAGGCAGUCUCUUACCGCUCCAGCCCCCAACACUAUUUCUUGGGAAGAGUACAUAACGGCAGAGCACGGAAAGCCCCCUCACCUCGGUCGAGAGCUCAUGUGCAAGGAAAGCAAGAAGAACUUCAAAGCUACUGUAGCCAUGAGCCAGGAUUUUCCUCUAGGCAUCGAGUCGUUACUAAACGUGUUGGAAGUCAUAGCCCCCUUCAAGCACUUCAACAAACUCCGAGAGUUUGUUCAGAUGAAGCUUCCACCGGGGUUUCCAGUCAAACUCGACAUCCCGGUCUUCCCCACGAUCACAGCCACUGUCACCUUUCAAGAGUUCCGCUACGACGAGUUUGACGAGUCUAUUUUCUUCAUCCCUGCCGAGUACAAGGAAGAUCCAAGCCGCUUCCCAGACCUCUGACCUGUCAACACAUCUGGUUUGGGAGAGCGAGGGCAGAACUGGGGACUCUGGUCUGAUUCUGAAUUCAUAUUAACUUUUUUUUUUUUUUUUUUUAAAGGGGGGGGGGAGAAAAUGGGAGGGGUGCUCUUAUUAAUCAGUUUUCAUUCAUUUUGCUAAUGCAUCCAAUGCAACUCCAUCCAAGAGGAUUUGACAGAGCGCCAUGCAACCUAUAGAUGAAUAUCUGCAGAUGUUUUUGUGAAAUGAUUAAUGGCUUUCAUUGUACUUGCUGUUUAUAAACAGAGCAGGUAAAGCUGCUCUGUACGCCAUUUUUAGAGCUGUCAGAUCAUCGGUAUUUCAGGACAGUCGACUGAUACAUGAAUUCCUGAAGCUGCAGUCACACCUUCAGAAAUGUAUAUGAUCCUUCUCUUGUUUUUUGGUUCACAACGUAAAAAAACAAAAAAACAAGUAUAGAUAUAUCCUUAAACUGAGCUAACUGGUCAUUUAUACAUAUAGCAUAUUAUAUAAAUAUAUAAAAACUCAAAGGAGUAACACUGUGUAGCAAUACAUUUCCAGUACAUAAGAAUGUUUUUACCUAGCUGGGACAAGGUUUGGUAUAAAAACAAACCUCAAACAGUUUGAUAUCAAAGCCUUUUCCCUGUGCAGGACACAGCCUCUUGCGUUUUCAGGUCUGCUCAUGUUACCUCUCAGCUGUUUGUGUUUUUGUCGUGAUAGUGCAAACCCCUGUGCUCGGUACGAGUGAAUACGUCUACUGUGUCGAGAACUGUUCUGUGUAUGUUUGUGUGUGGGAGAACCCAGAUUGGGGUAUCAGGUAACAGUUUGUAGUCUUAAUACUGCACUGAUGUUUAAAGGCAUGCUAUGGCUCUGUUAGCCUCCUGGAUCAAACGCAUCCUGAUGCUACAUUUAAGAGUUUGUUACUAUGUUGUGCUUGCAGACACAUGGAUAUUUAGAUUAAAGGUGGAGGGGGUGAAAAGUAACACUAACACUUUGGAGCAACUCUUAGCGAUACACAUGUGAUCCCUUUGGUAGUAGUCUGCAAAUGUUUUAGUUUUUUUUUUUUUUUCAAAUAUACAUGUAUAUGAAUUUAAGGAGUGGAAAUUAAACUGUGAAGUUGAUCAAACUGGACAUCACUAUUCAGACAGGAAAUGAUGUGAUCCAUUGAAUUGUUGCCGGCUUCGGGUAUUCUGUACUGCAACCAUACCUACUUCACAUCCCUUUAAAUAAAGCACCAGCAUCAUGUUUCAA